AUGAUGAAUCAAUAUUUAAAAGAACUUGAAGCGGAGCCAUUUGAUCCUGACGAAUUUGUUGAAAGAAUGGUUCGCCGUAGCAUGCAAGAAUGCCGCUUAAAGGAUGACCAAUUUGAUCCUGAAAUGAUACAUGAUAUUUUUACUCAAGCAAUCCAAGAUUUAAAGGUUCUUCAAGAAAGGCAAGAAAGAAAAUGCGCACGAUUAGAGCAAGGUGUGCAAGAAGAAGAAAAAAUGUAUCUUGCCAAACUGGCAGAAAUUAUGGAUCAACAUUCACACUGUGUAACAGUAUUCAGUUCCCUUGAUGAAAGAAUGUCAAGGUGUGGGGGAAGGGCCUUGGAUGUUGGUGAGAAGCUUGGUGCUGCUCGAGCUCCACGGGCUAGAGCUGCUGCUGCUCGAGAUUUGCUCUCACAUUUAGCUAACUUUCUCAAUCCUGGCCCUGUACUGAGUAAUUUAUUUAGUGAUUCUAAUAAGCUUAACAAAGCAGCUGAUGUUAUACAAAAACUGUAUACAAUAGCUCAAGAAUUACCACCAGACAAGUUUGAAGUGGCACGAAAGAAGAUAGAAGCUAAAUAUGACGAAAUUGAGAGAAACCUUAUCGAAGAAUUUGUAAAGGCUCAAAAUCAAGGGAAUAUAACUAAAAUGAAAGAUAUAGCCAGCAUUAUGACAAAUUUCAAGGGAUAUUCACAAUGUGUUGAUGCUUAUAUUGAGACAAGUCAAAUGAAUACCCUCCUUGGUAAGGAUAUAUUUUCAUCAGUGUUGCCACUAUGCAAAAAGAACAACACCAUCAUCACUAAUGUUUUCUCCAACCCCGAGCAAGUAAUGAGCAAGUUUGUGCUGAAUAUAUUCCACUUGAAACUGCAAAAGUAUAUUCAGACGAAACUGGCUGAUAAGACUGACAUUGAAAAGUACUUGCGCAAUUUAUAUGAAGUUUAUACAAGUACCCAACGCGUUUGCGACGACUUGAUAGCUGCUAACCUCGUGUCCGCUGAUGGCAACAGUGCGACGGGAGAACUUCGUAAAGAAGCAUUAAUUAAUGGUGCAAUGGCCGGUGCUACAGAUGGCUAUGCUGCCCUGGAGAUCAGACGACUGAAGGCGGUGCUUAGCAAUACAUUAAAUGGUUAUUAUGUGGAAAAACAACAUGUGAAGAAACAAAUUCAAGGAGGAGGGUUCCAAGAGCUGCGUCGCGAUCUACAAGCAGUGAUAGGCACGCGUGCUAAUAUCAACAUCGCACAGAUUGAAAACUACGGCGGCGAAACUUUCCUCAGCCAACAACUCGUUCAAAGGAUGUUAAACGACACUAAAACUUCAUUUUUGAGGUGUAAAACUUUAUGUACGUCAAACGAGCUAUCUGGGACGACAAUAGCCUUACUAGAAGCGGUGAUACAACAUCUGCUAAUAGAACAUGUCGACUAUGCUUUGGAUUUAGGAUUGCAGUCCAUUCCGAUUGCCGAAGGAAAGGCACCACCACAGAUUCACUUCUUUGACAUUGUAAACCAGACUAACCAAAUCGUGAGGAUGUUCGGAGAAUGCUUACAAGAGUCUGUACUUCCGUGUAUGAGCUCAGCGAGUAAGCAAAGUGAAUGUAUGCAGCGAAAAAAUGCAAUAAUCGAAACACUGGAAAAUAAAUUAGACGCGGGGUUAGAGAGGUCUAUAGCAGCUAUCGUUGGAUGGGUCAAGCUUCAUCUCCAGACGGAACAAAAGAAGACCGACUUCAAACCCGAGGGAGAUAUUGACACAUUGGCUUCUCCUGCUUGUGCUGCAGUUGUGUCCUACUUGAACUCAGUAAUGGAUAAGAUUCAUUCGAACUUAGAAGGCGACAACUUGUGUGCUGUCACUUUGGAAUUAUCAGUCCGUUUGCAUCGUGUCAUAUACGAGCACUUACAGAACUUCCAGUUCAAUUCUGCUGGUGCUAUGAUCGCAAUUUGUGAUGUCAAAGAGUAUCGCUCCGCCGUGUGCGGGCGUGGCAGCCGCGCCGCCCCUGCGCCGGCGCAUGCGUUAUUUGACGCGCUACACGCACUGUGCAACCUGUUGCUUGUUAAACCUGAAAAUUUACACCAGGUCUGCGAGGGGGAAACUUUGGCGGAGCUAGACCAUUCGGUGCUUUUGAACUUCAUUCAACUCCGCGCCGACUACAAAAGCCACAAGUUAUCCAGUUUCCUGAAGGGACUCUAUUAA